AUUGAAGUUAAUCCUUCAAGGUGUGAGAUUGACGUCAAUCGAAUUACAAACUGGCAGUGCAACUCUGGUAACAACACAUUAUUGUCUGACGUUUCUAGGAUGCUUGCCGAAGAAUGGUAUCUCUCGUUUCGGAAAAGAGAAAAGGUAGUUUUACCAAUAUAGUGCAUGACCUAUUAUCGGCAACAAAAUUAGUUGAGACAAGUUGUCUUCAACGACCUUUAUCACGUUUACUUUUGCUGACUCUUUCUACUUUAAAAAGGAGAGAGCAAGGGUUCUUCGGUGCCAAUUUUCAUUCUACUUGUAGGAAACAACAAUUGAGCCAACUUUGGGUGGGGCCUAAAUAUCUCGACAAUUUUGUCGCGUGGUAUGAGAGCCUAGUUUUAUAGGGACCUGUUUAUCCUUAAAUUUGAAAUGGCAGACGGAUCACGUUACGUUCCCCCUUACGAUGGGGCAGCUUUUUCAAUUAUUGAGGGGAGCGUGGGUUAUUUCAAAACAAAAUCUUGCAAACAGAGAUACCGAAAACUAAUAUACUUGCGUGAAGAUAUUUGUCCUACACAGUCCAACCUCCACUGGCAGCCACCUCUCUACAACAGCCACUUUUUUGGUGCCGGCAAACAGUCCAUACAAUGACUCUUUGUUAAAGCUCGCUGCAACAGCCACCCCUCUAAAACGGCAAAGGCCACUUAAGCGUGCCACUUAAGAGUGGCCGUAUGGCGCAUUGAUGAUUAAUCGCGGCAAUCAUAAUUGAUUAUGUUUCAUUUAUACUGCUACAGUAAGCAUAAACUGUCCACGAUACUUUUAGCGAAUGUUUUGAAACUUGCUCGUUUUGUCACGUUCACAUUUUGAUUCAAAACGUAAUUCAAGGUUUUUGUGUAUUUAUUUCUAUUUAUUAUUUAUUACUGGAUUACCAUUGUGGAAUACAGUAAGCAUGAACUGAGCAAAUUAAAUAUGUUGUAGUCCCCUGAACAAAAUUGUCAUAUUACAUCCUUGCUUCCUUAUAUAAUACGAUGAGUUUCGUUGAAGGUUUUUCUUCACUCUACGUUGAAGUUUAAACCUUAUGAUAAGUGUUUGCCUUUCUAAACGUGAUUAUAAAUCCGUAAUUGUUAAGAACUAGCCAAAACGACCCAAAAUGAGGCAAAACAGGUCCGCCUUUUAGACUUUUAUGACAGAAGUGAGAGAUGGUCUACAUGAUCUGUUUGUAAAAAAAAAACUUAAAAAAGUCGGUAACAAGCGAAAUCUGAGUUUGCUUUUGCUCGACUGUCUUCUCACUCCCAUGAGCGUUGCAUGGUUUGCAUGAUGACACUACAGGUACUGUUGGUCUUUUUUUGAUUUGGGUUGGUCGUUGCGGGUCGUUUUCCUGGGUCAUUGUGUUGAUCAGUGUGGGUCAUUUUGGUCGUUGUGGAUCGUUUUGGCAAUUGUACUUCCUCCUUUUUGCAUUGUGGAAAUGUCCCAGUUAAAAAUAAUGCCAAUCGUUUCUUGUUUCAAAAGGCCAACUUGCCUAAUUUUAUCCGUAAUGGUAGAAGUUACUGUACAUCCUGGUACCAAUUUUGCUUGAUGUAAGUGCGAAAACGUAUUUCGUAAACUAAUAUCUUGCAAACGGACUUUGAAGGAAAACACCUUUCUUACAUGGAGUUUUUUCAUACUACUUUAAAUGUCAGUAUAUAUAUAUAUAUAUAGUAUAUAUAUAUAUCCCAUUCCGUGGGAUAGGAGUAGUUAUACACUCAAACCAAAAAAAGUGUAUGAUUAUAAUCUAUACUUUCCAGAGUAAUAAACCACUGCAUCAUGCUGCAUCGCAAAGUCAAUAGCCCAGUGAAACCCCCAUUAUGGGUUCUUGUUACUCGAGGUUGCCUAGCACCGAGAGUCGUAAUCUGCAAGCAGGAGCCCCAGGGCCAUUUUUCCUCUUCGUAUUUAGGACACAAAAGGUAGGUUGGGCUUCCAGGCAUUCCUAGCGGCGCCCGUGGAAACUGGGAAUAAGAAUCGUGAUGACUUUCAUUGUACGUAAAUGAGACUCGUGAUGAGCAGGUGGUUUAUUUUCGGCGAUGAUUGAGGUGAUGCGCGUCGUUGAUCACGUUCAGGCUUUUUGGCAAUGAUGUAAUUUUCCCUGGCCCUUGAUUUUCGUGUAUUCAUACACGCGUAGUAGGACAUGAAAAUAUAGCGGAGGAAAUCCUUUUUCGUGGUGUAUGGAGGUACACCAUGGUGGUGUAUGGUGUAUUAAGUUUCUCAAGUAUUGAUGCAAUUACUGGAACUCUACGAUUAAGUAGAUUCGAUAUUGCAGACUCACUUUGUUGUAUGUAUUUAUUUGAUAGAUUUUCGCAGUUGUUAACAUGUGAAGUCGCAUUGCACCUAAGAAAUACUUGAGAUAUCAAUGAUUUUUAACCUUCAACUACUAGAAGCAACUUCAACUACUGGUCUGAUGUUACGUAUGUGUCAUGGAUGUGUUUAUAAGGGUAGCUUUGUACUUGACUGUCACGCAGUCUACUUUCAGCACCUCAUCGGCCAGUGGAAACUACUACUCUACAAAUUGAACUAGUCCAUUUAUUUUCGUAGUUCUCUAGUAUGGGAAAUGUAUACCUAUUUUUCAUACUCAGACGCCUUCAUUAAUGUUUCCUUGACGUCGUAGAUUUGCAAGGUCUUGAUCUUUGCCUUGUGGUAUUGUCUUUGAUUGCGGACGAUUGCUUGAGAUAAUAUGGCAUUAUUGCCUAGACAUAGGCGAUAUUAGAUUUAUAAACUGUAACGAUUGAAGGAUUAUCUUUUUCCAGUUAAGUUUAGUCUGACUAUUCUAUGUACCAUAAGGCAGUCAGUAGUUACUGUGUAAAGUAAGCCUACACACUGGCUCCUUAAGAAUUUAUCUCCUCCUCAUUCUUUAUCUAAUCUCCAAGCAACCUCGAGUUAACACUUUAAGAGUGUCUUGUUUGUACACAGAUUUGAUGAAUUGAUACUGAUAAGAAAUAGCUGAUUAGAGCAACAAUCACUACAUUGUCUCAACUCCCGCUCAACUGCAAUGUAUUUUUUCUUCAUAAAAUAAGAACCCAUUUAAGAACCUAAAUUCACCGUUUUCACUUAGACCAUACUGCACCUUGUUUACCCCCCCCCCUCCCCGAAAAAAAAAUUGCAUAACCAUUGUCUUCGAUUUCUCUUUGGACAACUGGAAUACCCAGGAGAAAUUGGAACCGAUGGUUAUGCAAACUUUUGGGGGAUAAACAAGGUGCAUUAUGGUCUAUGUGAAUAUGGUGAAUAGCCUAAGUUAGUGUUGAUUACCACAUAUGGAAAAAACUGGUUAGGCUAACUUGGGAAAAUGUAGAUUUGACCGGAACGUGGCUGGAAAUGUUGUGAAACUCAUUUAAACCGGAUGUGACUAUUUUAGCAUUGCGUUAGUGUUAUCUUUUUCUUGAUUGACAUUUGAAAUCGAAGUAGCUGACGAAUAGAGUGUUGGAAAAUUACUUUGUUGUGAUCCGUUUGAGAGGAAAAUGUACGAGCCGAUGGUUAUUUCAAUAAAAAUAGGAUUUUUGAUUUAAGUGAGUUAUUUUGUGCCCCACAAGUUCAGUACAAAAAGUAGAGACGAGGAUUUCGACCGUGGAACGGCAGAAACAGCAACUCAAGAGGCAGAGAUUAGGAACACAGGAAUUUAGGAGUCACACACUACAUGGUCGAAGUGUUGUGUAAUCAUGGAAGGAACUGAAACAGAAAUGGAGAAAUCAAAAGCCGAAAUUCGACACGAAAAGGCUACAGAGAAAAUGAAGACUUCAGAGAUGGAAAUAGUAGUGAAACUCUCAACAAACAUCACGGAUAAGAUAUCAGAUCUUAUUUCACAGCUGGAGGACAUCAAAUUUGGCCAAGGAACAUCGCCUCGUACGGUUCGGAAAUGGAAAGGAGAUGAAAGCCAUGCAUUCGAGGUGGAUUAAUCAGAAGAACAGGUUAUGCGGUCAUCGGAAGCCCUAAAUGUAAGACAAAAAGAAAUCAACGAUUUGAGAGAAUAGCGUGAGUGGCAGAGAAGACGAAAACGGGAAGAGCAAUUAAAUCAAGAUAGACAACGAUAACGAAUCAUUCUAAGCUGAAUUGCGAAUGACAGAAAGGAGAUUGGAAAUGGAAAUGGCUGCGAAGACAACGCACGAGAAGCUUCCGAAGCUGAGCAUUACUCCUUUCAAAAGAACAGCAUCUGACUGGGUGCGGUUCGAAAACAUGUUCAAGACACAAGUGGACGCGAAACCAAUAUCAGACGAAGAGAGAUUUGGAUAUCUUUUGAAGAUGGUCUCGCCAGAAGUGAGAGAAAGAAUUUCAAACCUAAAACCUAGUACAGUAGUUAAUAAGACGGCAUGGGAGAGGUUGGAAAAGGAAUUUGGCGAAAAAAAACUCCUAGUUAACGCCCAUAUGGACGAGAUCAUUAAUCUGCCAGUCAUUAAGAGGACAAAUGACGACAGAGUGAACAAAUGCUAUGAGAGACUGAGCAAAAACCAUGAUGCCCCACAGACCCUGGGGGAGGCAGAGAUGCUGAGAGGGCUCGUUAUGACCACAAUCAAGAAGUUGCUUCAUGUAGAGCCUGACAUUGUGAGGACAGGUGAUGACUGGGAGAAAUGGACCAUGACUGACUUACUCGACAAUCUGCAGUAGUGGUUGAAAAGACAUAAAGUUGAUGUUGCACCUGGCGACAGUGGAGGCGUGUGACCGAAAAAGGAGAAGCAUUGGUAUAACAGAGAAAAGGGACACCCAGUCUGUAUCUUUUGUGAGGGAAAGCAUAGGGGAGACGCAUGCAAGGUCAAAAUCAGUGGAAGCAAGAAGAUAGUUCUUCCAAGAGUACAUUGUUUCAACUGUGAUCCGCAAGACACAGGGGGGAAACAAUGUCGCAGCCAAGGAUUUUUCAAGUGCAAGUCAAGGCAUCAUACAAGUCUUUGUGACAAGGCUAGGUAUAGACAACCUGGUGACAUCAGAACCGUCAAGAUAUUCUCCUUCAAUUAAUGAAUGGUCAUUGCCCGCCAUAUUACCUGUAAAGAUAAAAGGAGAAACUUUUUGGGAAUACCUGGGCACUGGAAUUGAGAGAAAUUUCAUUAUAAGCGAAGCGGCCAAAAGGUUGAACCUCAAACCUGAACGUCACGAAGUACAGGAGAUCCUCACCAUAAACGGCGCAAAGAGACAAUCUAUGCCCAUCUUUAACCUCUCAAUUGAGUCACUGGGUGGAAAAGCGAGUGAGAAUAUUCAGGUAACUGGAACAAAGUUGCGAGACUUUACAACCGCACGAAGACCAGACAUAAACAAGUUGAAGGAGCAAGUACGAACAUACCAAAGACAAUAACACAUUUUUUUAGUAGAAGACAGUACCUAUUGUUAAAUAAGAAGCGAAGAAGUAUAGAACGGACAGCCGAGAGAAGCAAUUGUGAAAGGGGCGACCUUUGGCUGGGUAAUCCAUGGUGGAAAUCACUCAGAUAGCCAAAGCUUCUUCAGAAGAGAGUCAAGUGACUAUUGUAAAACGAUAGAUUUUACCGUAUUUGAAAAAUGAAUUGGGACUUUAAGAACUUUGGAACUCAUUAACUGUUACCAUUAACAACGAGUUACUAUAUAUAAUCAUCAAGCAUUGAGAAUGUUGAUAUUUUUACAUUUGCGAUAUUUGUGUUCAAUAGCUCGAAAAGAAGCUGUCACAAUGAAAGUGAGAAUGGAGUUUGAGGCCAGUGCCAAACCUCAUCCUCUAGCUGCAAGCAUAAACAAAAGCAUGUACACUGGCCCGUCCCUCCAACCCCUUUUUUGGGACACAAUAAUUAGAUCAAGAAUGUCUGAGACCCUACUGCUGGGAGGUAUCAAGAAUGCAUUCCUACAAAUCGGAAUAAAAGAGGAACACAGUGACGCUUUUCAGUUUCUUUUUACAUUACACAGGAAAGAGGAGCAUCUGCAAUUUGCAAGAGUGCCAUUUGGUGCAGAAGCCGGUCCUUUCAUUUUAGGAGCCACUCUGAGGUACCGCAUUGAUCAACAGCCGGAAGAGUUUGUGGAGACGGUAGAAGAGUUGAGAACCAACACUUACGCAGACAACCUUAUGAAGACAGGAGGAGAGGUUGAGGAAACAAAGAAGUUUAAAGAAGAAACUACUCACAUACUAGAAGGUGCCAAGUUCAAAGUGCACAAGUGGGAGUAAAUUAUAAAAGAGUUGGAAGAUCAGAACAUGCUAAACCCCAGCAAAAUACUAGGACAGAUUUGGGACAAUGAAGACGACACCUUAGAAAUCAAGAUUCCGCCAUUCAGUAAGGAUACGCCCAUCAUAAAGAAAACCAUCCUGAGUCUCCUUGGAAAAGUGUGUGAUCCGCUAGGCAUCCUAUCCCCUACCAUGGCCCAGGGCAAACACGUCAAUAGAGAAGCCUGUGAUGACAAAUUGGGGUGGAAUGUAGUGGUGUCUGAAAGGCUUGGGAUAGCAUGGUUGUAAUGGAUAGCUCAACUCCGAAGUGUAAAGGUCCCUAGAAGCCUUGUGAGACAGUGUAAUGAGGUCAAAUCUAUUUAUCUCCAUCUUUUUGCUGAUGACCUUUCUGCAACAACAAUAGCCCUAGCUAUGCAAGAUACUGACACAGUGCAAGGACUACUGGCCUCGAAGUGAAAAAUCUCCAAAGGAAAUACUAAGAUGUCCAGACUAGAGCUGAUGGCAGGACAAAUGGCAGAAAACAUGGCCAAAAAGGUACAACAAGCUCUAACAAGGUGGCCAGUUGUUUCCAUCACCAUAUAGAUGGACAGUACAGUGGUGCUCCAUUGGGUGAUGAAUCCUGGAAUUAAUUGGACGGUGUUUGUGGCAAGUCGAGUCAGAAGGUAGAGGUGCGUCAGUAGUCAAGAUGGAGAAAGGUGAUUGAUUCUCUGGACCUGGGUGGUUACAGCAUGAAGAAAAUUGGCCAGAACAACCAACAGUAGCACAUAAACGGAGGCAAGCGAGGAAAAAAGCCACUGAAAUAGGUCAUAGCAAGCACUAGGGAAUUUGAGCCUGACGAGUUCGGUAAGUUGCUGGAAGGCAAAAUGUACUGGAGUGUACUGAAACUCGCUGCCUGGGUCAUAAGAUUCAAAGAUAACUCGCUGGCAAAGAGACAGAUGAGAAGGAAGCAGAGAGGAGUGUUGUGUACUGACGAAAUUUAACAAGCCAAAGAACUUUGGAUAAGAAGAGCGCAGAGAAGAAUUACACAAGAUACAGAGACACCAGGGUGAAGGUUGGUAAAAGAUAAAGAAAUUGGCGUACUAAAGUGCGUUGGAAGGAUUCCUGGUUACAGACCAACUUACCUCGAAGAUUGCCUACUGACACAGAAGUUAAUCCGACAUGUUCACUCAGAGAUCAAACAUUUGGGAGUGGCCAACACCAUGGCAGAAAUAAGAAAAGAAUAGUGGAUUCCGAAACUAAGGUCGAAAGUGAAACCUUAUGGAACUACAGCAACAACAGACAUGCCACAGUUUCCGCGUGGAAGCCAGCAGACCCUUUGAAACUACAUAAGUAGAUUUUGCUGGACCUAUCACUUUCAAGAUUACAAAGAGCUUGUUUCUUCUUAUGGUCUCUUCGAAUGACUUUAUCAAUGUGGAAUAUAUUUUGGUUUGCUUUCAGUAAUUCAGGUUCAUAAAAGCUCCCUUGUUUCUCCUCAUUGUUAAGAUCUUUUAAUCUGCCGGUAAUUGGAUUUGUGGAUUGGAUAUUAUUGACCAGAAAUAUCUCUUCAGUCUAAUUGGGUGUGUAGCCUUUGUCAAACACCUUUGUUUUGUAUUUACUUAUCCUAACUUUAUCACCAACCUUGAACCUGCGUUUAGAUGCCAAUUGCUCCAUAUCACGAUAUAGGUUAAAAUAUACGAUACUUUCAUUCUUCUUUCUACUGGCUUCUACAGGUGUCAUUUUAAUGGAACUGUGCGCACUAUUAUCAUACUGCUUUAGUAUUUUUUGGUAGUAUGUCUAAAUACACUGUAUUACCCUGGACAGUAAAUUCCUUCCGCAUCUUGGUUAUGAUUGUUCUGUUCCAUCUUUUACAAACAGAGGACUUUUCUUCAUUCUCGGUUGAGUAUAAUGUUAUGUUAUGCUUUUGUAAUAGGUCUUUCAGGUUUUUUGUUAUAAUAUUCUGUCCCUUUAUCAGUCCAAAGAUAUUGUGGCUCACGGUCCUCUUCAAAGAUGGUUUUGAAGGCUUGUGUGACAGUUCUUCCUUUUUAUUCUUCAACGGAAUAAUCCAGCCAUAUUUGGAGAACAGAUCUAGCACCAUCAGAAGAUAUCUAUAACCCUUGUUCCAUUUGCUGAAUUGUUGCAUUUCAACCAGAUCAGAGCACCAAAUUUUGUCGAUACCGUUUGCAAUAACACACCGCCGAGUAAAGUUAUGCUUUAUAGGCUUAUGUAGUUCAUCUGCCAAUUGCUGUUGCCAACUCGACGGCUCUUUCCGUUUUUGAAACACCAAGUGCGAUUUCCUGUUUUGUAUUGAUUACAUUUCUGGCUAACCAGUAGCGCCAUUGUCUUUCUUUCUUUGGUAUGGCGUCAAGUGAUUUUACCAUCUUACGGUCAGCUUCAUGUUUGGACUUUUUAUCAUCACCACAGAUCGAACAAUCAAUGUCAUGCUGCAUGGCCACGGCAUCUGUUUUUCCUGUUGGUUUAUCGAAUACAUGUAUUAUUUCGCCAUCUUUAUUAUACCAUACUCGGUUUUCCAAAUCGUUGUAUGGACUGGUGUAUUUAUGCCCUGGCAAUGUCCGUCUGCCCUUAGGUUUUGGUAAUUUGCCUAUGGCCUUAUGAAUGUCUAUUCCACCUCCAAAUCCAGGAAACGUAUAAGAGGGCUUAUGAACAGCUCCAAUCUUUUUUGCAAAGCUGGUGUACGAUCCCUUGAAGCCCAAUGUUUUUACAGCAGUAUAAGAUCUUUUCAAGGCGGCCACACGUGGCUUCAUAUCAGCAAUUUCUUUCCUGGAGGGUUUUUUCCACAGGUCUGGAUCUUUUAACAAUUCUAUGCCUUUUUCAUAGUCUAUACGAUAAGGCCCCCCUGCGAUACCUCCUUUUGCAAGACUAGUUGUUCCCUUCUCGUUGGCUUUAUCAAUAAUACCAGAUCCUGUAGGUGCUAUCAGUGCCGAUCCUGGAGUUGCCUUCAUAAUUCGUGCUGGCUUUAAAUUAGUGGUACCUUUCACUGGCACAAUAUUGGGGAACAUUGGCGCAAUUCCUAACUGCCCUGGGUUUAGCCGAUAGCCAAAGAUUUUAGCUUGUUCCCAAGCAUAUUUAGCUAAUUGUUUUUGAUACGCCUUUACCUUUUUUGGGUCAUUUGCUAUUCCACUCAAUUGGUCAAUAAAUUGUUGUAUAGAUCCGCCAUCCAAAUUCUUUCUGUCAAUUUUCUAGUUUUUAUUUGGCCUAAUUUUUGUUGACAAUUGAUCAAGAGCUUCAGGCCCAACUUUUUGUAACACAGUAGUGAGCUUUUUCAGUCCAUAAUUUAUAGCCUUCUUCUGUAAAUUUUUAUUUCUCAGAGCUUUGGAACCAUAAUAUCUUGCCAUUUCUACACUCUUUUUUGCCAUAUAAGGUAGGGCAUGAUCUACAAAUAGAUUAGUAGAAGUUCGUACAGCGGUGUCAAAUAAAUCGCCCUCAGCUAGUGAGGGCCCCAUUAGUUUCCCUUUAUGAAUUUAGUCUUAGUAAUUCCACAAGAGGCACAUUUGCAUUUCAUCAUCAGCCGGCCAUUCUUUGCUCUAACAGUGGUUUCACUGUCCGGCACGCAACCUGUUUGCCAUUUCUAGAUACUAUAUGUGUAUAUAAAAGUGGAGGCAUAAACCCCCUUACCCUAGUAUAGCCCAAUUAUUAACGCUACUAUACAGUAUGUAAAUUUAUUCACUAUCAUAAUCACAAGAGUCUGGAACAUAAGUUGGAUCACCGCCAGAGCUAUCCGACUUAUCUUCACUUUCACUGCUACUUAGUGGUUCGCAGUUACAACAUUCUAGGCAUCCAUAUUCAUUCACAUAAUGUGGAGUAAUUUCUUGGCAAUAUACACAGAAUUUAUUCAUAUAUAAAUAUAUAUCGAUUACUCUAUUUUGAAAUACUUCUCUAUGAACCGCUCAUUCUUCAUUGUAUUUUGGAUGUUAAAUACUCUUAACAGAUCAUAAUAUGUUGUACCGUUAUUCAUUUCUUUGAAAAAGUACAAAAAGAAGUACCCACAAGUAGUUGUCAGUAUAUUUUCUAUCUGGUUGUGCUGGUGUAGGAGUGUCAGAUUCUUGCUUCUAGCAUGAUCAACAAUUUCCUGGAAAGCAGGCAUCACAAAACUGUCAAAAUAAUUGAUCGUAUUGUUUUUAACAUAUGUGGCGACCCAGUGAGACCCAUUCAUAUAAGAUGGCCAAGUUUAAAUAAGUAAUGCUUUCUUGUGGUUAUAUGGGUGAUUUUUAAGAGUUUGAUCCCUAGGCAGCACAUCUUUCAUAGGUAUAUUCAAAUAUCUGCACCAUUCUAACAGAUCAUGAUUACUCAUUGUGAUAUUUUUGUGGAAUUUGGGUUUUACACUAUGGUUCCUAAGACUAGUAUAUUUUUGAAGGGUGAAUUGGGCCCCAGGGUUUCCAAAAAGAUGCACUGUUUUAAGAGGGAACCGAAAAAUGACAGAAAAAUAUGAAUAUUGCAGUACUGUCCCAAGGACUUUUGGCCAGGAUUGUAGAAUUGCCCCAAGGCCGUUGCCAAGCUGUGUUUUGGUUGGUUUUAUACGAACACCUGAACCUGCUUGAAGAGCAUUAAGAAUAUCCUGCUUCUGUGUUGCGGAUAGAAGGUGUUUAUACGCAAUCAACUCAUUGAUUUUACUCUGUGGGAUUCAAAAGCCUCCUACUUGACCUCCAGACAUCUAUCUUAAUGCUGUGCUAAAGUUUGUUCAGCGCCUACAACAUCCCUCAGUAAGAUACCUCCAGGCAUCUUUUUUACCAAUUGACUGGCGCCUUCACUAGCAAGACCUGCUAACACUGACAAGCCAAGUACAUUUAGGGGUCCUUAUAUAGCGUUCAUAACAGUUUGAGCUCCAGCAGCCUAGAACUUUAAUAAGCCAGGGUGGAAGGCCAACUUUAGCUGCUGUGGUGGGGGCUCCAAUACGGAAACUGUGGGAGUAGAAAUUGUUGGCAGGGAGACCACAGUGUUGAAGAAUUGACCUAAGCUCUGUUGUGAGAUUGUUUCGUGUAAGCCAUUGUCUGGGUUGGACGAAGGCGAACAGAGGGUGGCUGGAUGGUGGCUGGACUUGAAGGAGAUAGUCUUUCAUGGCCAUCACCGAACAGAUAGGUGACGAGGACUUUGCAAUGGUGAUUGUGUGGCCCUGUCUGAAGGGGUCACUUUUGGAUUUUUUUAUGUGGACUAGCAUGUGGCUGGGUGAGUGGGAGUUGGGUACCAGUGUGAUGUCCUUGGAAGUGAGGUGGACAGAGGGGUCGAAGGGGCCAUUGCAAGUGAAUUCACUGGAUCUUAAAAACCCAAAAAAGGCAAGGGUGAAGGCCGCCCAAAGCAUAGCAUGGUCCAGGUUAUAGGAAAUUUCGGGCUUAAGGUAGGAGUGAAUGGAAUGGAGAACUGUAAGGGUAAUGGGAAAACGGUCAACGCUUGGUUGGUGUGAGGCGCUUAAUGCCUGUCAGGACCUUUUGUAACCUAUGCAUGUCAUUGAGCUUAAGAGGAAAGUUAAGCUCCCGAUGAAGGUCCUGCACUGCCACCAAGUACAGCUUGACUGUUUCAUAGGAUACUGUGUUGGCUAAAUGAGAUGCAAAAUACAUCAAGGUUAUCUCUGAGGCUGGUAGGAGGGGGUUUGAGGAGCCUACUAAACCAUGCAUGAGUGUAAAGGUGAGGAAUUGCUUAAUGCCAACUUGAUAGGUGCGUCGAGUGGAAGGGGCAAGGGAGGCAUGAAGGUAUCGCUGUACAGAACCUCUCAGAUGUUCAUCGCUGAUGGAGGGAUGGUGGAGGCUGAGGGAGCCAGGGUACGGAAGCGGUCCAUCUGAAAACGGGAAAGGGAAUCAGCGAUAGAAUUGUCUAAGCCCGGGAUGUGAGUAGCUGUGAAUGCGAAGUUAUAUUGGAGCGUUUGAAGUGUGAUUGCUCGAAUAAGGUCCAGUGUUUAGAGUUUAUGCUAGCCACCACUGACUUGUUGUCACACCAGAUGUGGAUUCUUUUGCCGGACCAGCGGGGACCCCAUAAAAUACAGGCCAAGUAUAUGGGAAACAGCUCCUGCCAUUCAAUACUAAUACCCCUUUUUUGGCUGAGGGUGUGGUGGGGGAGCCAGUGGCCCUGGAACCAUUCUCCUGCUAAGAAACCCCCAUACCCAAGGGAACCAGAAGCAUCAGUGUAUAGCUGAAGCUCCGGCGGAGAGGUGGCCUGGGUAUCUAAAAAGAGAGACACCCCAUUCCAAUUUUGGAGAAAAUGCUGCCACAUAAAGAUGUCCUUGAGGAAACCGGAAUUAAGGCGAAUAUGCCAAUGGGGGAACUUGAUACCCUUUAUAAGGUGGAUAAUGCGUUGCAAGAAGGGGCGGCCAGGGGCAAUAACCUUACAAGCAAAUUGAAGGGUGCCAAUCAGAGACUGUAGCUCCUGUAAGGUAGCAGAUUUCCUAGUAGUCCACUGACCAAGGGCUUCCUGAAUGCGGGUGAGUUUAUCCACCGGGAGACGGACUUCCAUUUUAUUGGAAUCUAGUAGAAUACCCAUAAAUUCAAGGCAUGUGCAUGCAGGGAAGGUUUUCCCAGGAGCUAUGGGGAUAUUUAGAUCUGUAAAAAGGUGCAAAAUUUGGCAUAGAACAGUCAUGCAUUUUGAUCUGGGAGGGGAGGUAGCAAAAAAAAAAUCAUCUAGUAUGUGGAUAACCUUUGGGAUAUUAAGUUUAGUUUGAAUAAUCCAUUCAACCGCAGAAGAGAAUUCAUCAAACAGGAAGGGGGCCGACCUGAGACCGAACGGGAGGACCAUAUCGAAGAAAUAGAGCCCUUCCCAUUUCAUACCCAGAAGUUCCCAAUCAGAGGGGUGGACGGGAACAUUGCGAAAUGCUGAUUUUAUGUCUAGUUUGGACAUGAAGCAUCCUGGACCGAGAUCCUGAAGAAUGGCAAUUGCGUGGUCUACCUUUAUGUGUUGCGAAGAAUAGGAUUCGGGAGGAAUGUGGUGACACUGGUGGGGCGGUGUUUGGGGUAGGAGAGAUGGAAAAUGGUACGCCAUUCCGAAGAGUGUUUCUUGGGAAUGACCCCAAUGGGGUAUACCUGCAGGUUGGAGAAGGGAGGGAUGUGAAAAGGCCCUGCUGUGUGGCCCAGGGUAACCUCUUUUAGCAUGUUUUUGUCAAUAAUAGAUGGGUUGAUAUUUGCACAGGGAAGGUUAGAAUAUUCUUUGGGGGCCCUUGGACCUGAAUAGCCAAUCUUAAAGCCCUGAGAAAACCCGGUGAGAAGAUGAUUAACUGUUGUAUGAUCUGGAUGGCCCUGAAGAUAGGAUGCAAAUUUGUUGAUAUCAAUGGGUGUGGGAGGGGUCAGUUGGGAGAGGUAAUUAGGAGUGUCCUCGGGAGGAAUUGCCAGAGCUUGAAGACGAUUUAGGUCUGUCCUCUCUGUGGCGGGUGAGUUUAGUGUGAUCUUCCCCAGAGUGAGCUGCUGAGGAUCCCGGCUGGUUACACCUGUGUUGGUAAGGGCAUGGGGUGCGAGCACAGGGUCGGCCUUUGUUAAAGUUGUAACACAGGUCGGAUUGGGUAAGGGCAUCCCGGGACCUACGAGGAGAUAAAGGGCAGGUAUCAGAAAGAUGAUCAGUGCUGCCGCAAGAUCGGCAUCCCGAGUUGGGGAGGCCUGUGAAGGUAUCGAGGUAGAGCUGGACGUCCCGUUCCCCCCACUUGGCAGAAAGGUUGUGGGAGGCACGCCUUCGGAAUUCCACAUCAUAGACAUACCAAGCCAUCCCAGGGAACUUUCGAUUAACCAACAUCAACUUUCAAUCAACUGUUGAUAAGCUAAUAAAUCCGCGGCACGAGAGGGAUAUACAGACACUAUAACGGCGAAAUAUAUGGCAAAGGCAUCGAUAUCUUGUUUAAUUCAUAGCUACCUAAUUGAUGCGCAACACUGCGUAUAGUAUUCAUGGAAUGGAAUAUUUGUUUAUUAUUCUGGAGUGUAUCUUUAUAAUCCUCAUGUUGGAUAUUCUUUUUGAUAACAUACUUUGUUUUGCCCUUGGCCGUCUUUACUUCUUGUCUAUCUUUAUCAUUAUCUCUUACAAAACUGUGCAUCUUACGUCUGAGCCCGACAAAUUCAGUGAGUGGAAUACCAGCAGCCUCAUCUUUCAUCUUGCCAAUUACUUUUUUAUUUGCGGCACAAAAAUAUGUAUUGUAUUUUUGUCUAAUGUAAUUAUAGUGAAAGUCAUACAUUAGUGUCUUUCAUAGAUCCAGAAUGCACAUACCAACAUAAAGCUGGCCGAUCAAGGGUCAACACUUCUUUGAUCUUAUGUUCUGCUACUAGAUCCUCGUUGAAGAUUUUACUAUUAACAUACAUCGGCUUGGAUACUAAUUUAGACAACUUCUUUUGAUUUGUCACUAGUCUCACAUUAACGCGCUUACGUAAUAACAAAACUGCAAAAGAAUAAAGUCAAUCUUGUUAAAGGGCCAUGAUUAGUUUUACUAUAAUGUGCCCUUCUCCAUUCCAAUUUUCUUCUUUUAUUAUUAUUAUUAUGUACAAGUAGUUUAAGCAACUUUGUCCCAGUUGGUAUUGUACAACUAAUGUAUUGAUAUUGUACAACUAUUGUAUUAUUGUACAACUAAUAUGUUAUAGGUUGCAGUAAAAAUACAAAUACAAAUACAACGCGCUUACAUAAAUUCUCCAUGGUUUUGCCGAAUACACUGUUAUUCAUCAAUUUGAAAAAGUCUUUCUCAAAACUGUUCUGCGCAUUCAUGCGUUUCUUUGUAUUGUAAUCAAUGUAUUGCCCCAACCAUGGGCUCUGGUCAAAUUCGAAAACCCUGUGUACUUUCUUUAGUUUCAAAGCAAGAGAUAAAUAUAAUUGCAUAUUUCUGUAAUGUAAUACAUAGUUCUUCUUAUCAGCCAGAGUUAAGACCAGUUUUGCUACCUGGCCAAUGGAAAUGCCAAACUUUUCCUGUAUAUUUUUACAGUACGGAGAAAGCAUCUCUUUGGUCACCUUCAUUUUCGCCCGCAGCUACGGGAUAAUCAUUGUGUAGAUCAUGUAAUUCGAAGGGAUAUUCUAAAUCUACUUCUAGGAUCAUACCCUUUUUUCUGUCAUAUGUACAUGCAGCUAGAUUAACCUUAUCUAUCUGCUUUUGUGUUAGCCGUCUGAAUCCACCUGUUGGCAGGCAUUGACUCAUAGCCCAGCCAUAAAGAUUAUUAGCGCCUAGAUACAAAAUAUACUUGCUGGACUUACUGCUGUCAUAAACAGCCACGUAUUAUAGGCCGGUUAGCGAUAUAGGAAAUACCACCGCACAUGCCUUUUUCUAUAAACUGGAACAUAUCCACAUCAGUCAUAAGCUCCAAUUUUAUUUUUUUUUUCAACAUAGCAUCCCAACUCAAGCCAGGAGAUGUGAAAUAGUGAGAGGAGUCUAAUUUAUAGUACUGUAAGCAUGUCUUACGGAAGUUCUCAAAUACAUCCGCCAGCAGGAGAAUAUCACUCUUAAGAUUUAGAUAAUGGUAGUCGCCCAUUGUCUUCAUAUGAAAAGUAUUCCAUACAUUUUGGGCAUGAUUCUAUUGCUCAUCAGAGAUGACCUCGUCUGUAAAUAUACUGUAGAAAGCAUCGUUUGGUGGUCGCCAAACUUAUUAAAAAUAUCCAUCUAAUCAUAAGGAUAUACUCCUUUUUGUUUCAUAGAGCUAAUUCCUCAUCUUGGAACACUGGGCUGGUAUAUUUGAAUGCACCCACGGGUAGAUUAGCAGCAAGGCGCUCCAAACUGCUAGCCAUAAAUUAGAAACUGUCCAGAAAAACUAGAUGUUUGCCAAGAAUGAAGGCCUACUUUUCCGUAUUAUUUGGAAUACAGUUCAUAACCUCAGAGAUUGUGAAAUAUGACUGGGAUCUUAAGAGCCAGUGUCUGUAAUUUUCGAGAAUCGGUUGACAGUCAUGAAUUUUAAAAUUUUUUCAUAUUUCGCCCAAAUAAUUUCUAUAGUACACUAAUUUCAAAACUUGUAACAGCUUUUUAUUUUUUCAGGAAUCAGGCGAAGUUUGAAAAACUCUAAAUCGGCGCUCUUUCGAGUAUGAAAUUGGCGAAAAUUGAGCAUUUUCUUCGCGCUCGUACAUAAAACAGAAUAAUAUCUCUAGAUGAAAUCCAGUCACAAAACAGGCACACAUUUUUACUUUAUAAUUCAGCAAUUAACUUUUAAUAAACCGUUUAAAUGUGACUGUACUGGCCCCAAGAAGAAAGACGGUUUCAGCACUUUUCAAAAAUGGCAAAUUUGACCUAACUUCACCAUCGUAAAAAAACCAGUUGGUACAUGGAAUUUCAAUAUGAAACAAGAACCGUAUUGAAGCAUAUCCUUUGCUGUUGUUUGUGUUAAAAUAUUUCUGGCGGCGUUCCAAAACCAAAACCUGAAAGGUAUUUUGACACCAGGAAAGCGCGUGCAACAAGCAAGUUUCGACGCUUGGAAUAUUAAGAGCAGAUGUCAGUAAAUAUCGACCAGAGGUCUACAAAAGUGAAAAAUCGAAAAUUCUCAAAAAAAUUCACAAAGUAGCACUAGGUAAGCUAUUAACAUAAAUGUAAUUUUUACUUCGAUCCGAUUGUUAUUUUCCACUUACGGGGGGCUUAUUGGUUUCGCGGCUCUCGAACCGGGUUUUCCAGGCUCGAGACCAUGUGUCACAAAAAAAUCGUUUUAAAAUUCAAAUCCAUUGUAAUGCGGACAACAAAUAACUUAUUCAGAAGAGUACAUAAUUGCACAUAUUUUAAGUGGUGAUUUACUCAGUUUGAACGAUAGUGUAAUAUUUUGGAGAUUUUUCAUUAUUUUCAAUAUUUUGAACGUGUUCGUUCAAUGAAAAAAUGGCAAAUUUCAAAGCCCCAAAUCGUCGACUGGUACCUCGAUUUCAGUAACGAGUCUUAUACCACGUUAAAGAGCGUUAUCUCUUCUUUCAGAAUCUGUUUUCAAAACUAUGGGCAACUGAAAAGAAAAUUUUUGAGGCCAAAAGAUACAAGUAGUACUUUUCUUGAGCUAUCUAGACUCAGCGGGCCGAUGCUAAAAACUCAGAAAAAUGCAAUAACAAAUCAGUUUGAGCAACAAUGGUUUAACGUUAUUAGCUAUCAGAAACCAACACGUGUUUAUCGAGCGAUCUGAUAAAAUUUAAAGCCGUUUUCCAACAAGAAAAGCAGAGUUUAGCCAUCUUCUGCUACCAAACGCACGAGUCACGUAAGGUUGUCAAAGGGCAAAGCACAAUAAUAAACUUCAAAAAGCACAACGUUUCUGCGUCUAGGAAUUAGACUUCAGCGGACAGAACAAUGCCUACGAGUGUAUGUUUCAUACUUUAGCGUGGGUUUCCUAGAUAUUGGAAAUAAAAAACAUCACGGACAGCAUAGGCAAGAGCAUCUUCGGCUGCCCUCAAACGACGGAGAUUGCGUUACUUUUCAUAGAUUGACCGCUUACCACCUGUUUUUGGGCUCGCAUUUCGACGGAACGCUUGCCUCGAGAGGCGCGCGGCACGGAUCUGAACUCUUCUUCACGAGACAUUGAACUGAAUUUAUCGGAAAUAUGCCACCACCACCAACAGCACGAGCUUUUUUCGGGUAUUUGUUGUUUUUUAUACGAAAAGUUCGGGUAAGCAGAUUCACGCAAAAACCAUUUGGCUUAAAAAAUGUGUUUAAAAGCCCACCCUGGAUUUGAAGCAAAAAGUAUUUCCUCGAAAUAAGCUAAAAAGUACCCAAUUCACGCGGUGAAAAAAUGGAUUAUUAUGGAAGGAUUAUCGAAUUCUUGCCUACCUGACGGAUUUCCCAAUUUCCCGUUAUGUAGGAUUAGGGGUAGGAAAAAAGCCCAUAACCUGCUCCUGUCGUUGUAAAUUUCCUCAAGAUCAAAAAUUUCAGUAAGAACGGAAUAAAACAGCUUAAAGGAGGUGCACACACCUUGACCUAGCCAGUGAAAAGGGGCUUCUGAUUGAGCUAAACUGUCAUUGAUGCACGGUGCAAUUAGUUAGACCUGUUACUCUCCAACGCGCAACCACAGGAACAAGUCCAGCCAUUUGAGCCAGCGGGUGGGGAGUACUUUGAAGCGGUCCUGUCGGGGACUUUCGGUGGUAGGGGCGGGGCAAAUCGAAAAUAUCUUCUCUUUGUUUUUGUGAAGUACAUCAUUUCUCGCACGAUUGACAAGGUGACGGCGGACUCCAUAGCUGUGGAAAGGCCCUUUUGAAACAUGUCCCGGCAACAUGCGGGGCAUCACGAAAUUGACGUCAACACCUUGAAUCAACUCCAUGAACAGGGAGAGGCGAUAAGUCCCAUCUUAAAAGAUGCUUGAUGUCUAGACGUGAAUAGUCUGUCCGCUGUCAUUUUUCAUUUUGUAAAUGGGGACCAUUUGACAGCGCACGAGUGAACCGGAGCGCAGUAACGAGCCCUAACCCCACCCUUUUUCCCGUGCGGUCAAUAAAUCAUCGCGUUUUUUCAUUUUUUUUAUGCGCGUUCGAGAGCCUCCAAAGGGAAUAUUGAGGGUCUUUGUACAGUUUCAGUUUAUUUUACCCUCAAAAAAGAACAAAACAAAGCAAAAGACAAGUAUACAGAAAUACGCAGAAGCAAUGUGGUGAGGAAGCCCAAACUAAGAAACCAUAAGGCUUAGCUCAUCCCCUCUUCGUUCGUUUAGCAUCGAAUAGGUUUCCUGGUUUUGGGUGGGUCGGUCGGUGGGGUGAAAAAAAAUCACAAGAAAUCUGAGAACAGGAGGCCUGAAACACCAGCAUCAUUGCCGUGGAGCCUGAAAACAACAAGGCAUGGUCACCAAAUCGACACAAACUCAAUAUGGCGGAAAAUGUGAUGGUCAGUUUCAUAAAAAGGCCCAAAAAGGGUAAAAAGCAAAAAGGAUACACCAGCGAACGUUUCAUGCCUGGAAAAGCUGUUAUAAUGCUCAUUUCUUAGAUUAAAAGAAUUAAUUUAAGUCCAAAAAAAAAUAAACCUUGUCGUUUCUUUUUCUUGCUUUUUUAAAAAAUGCCAAAAAACUGGGUCUGUUGGACAACACUAAACGAAGAAAAAAUUAAUAUGGGUAUUAAGCUCCCUUAAAGUAUAAAAGUAUAAGUUUACAAGGACAGGAUCGAACGUAUACUGAGUAACUAAACGAUAAAAAAUGAUCAAAAUUAGAUAAUAAAGAUAACAAGCCGACAGAAUUAAAGAAUUUUAGAGGUUGUGUCAUUUCAUAAACAGCAAAAGUGCUUUUGCUUGCAACCGUUAACCCCACCUUUAAUAAAGGCAGCUUUAAAAAAUGUUGAGAUUUGGGAGGGGGGAGGGGGGGAAAACGAUGUAGAAAAAGUUGGGCGUACCUCCGGAAAAAUCCUGACUACGCACAUGCUAAAGCUUGAAACUGAACAACACGAGUCUUGACGAAACGUCCUCAGUUAUUAUCUGUCCGGGGUCGUACUUUCAAGGAAGCUCUGAUCAAGAAUCACUCAUGACGGAAUGAAAACUCCUCGUAGCUUCCAGCGAAAAAAGGAGUGACAACAGUGGUAAGCGGUCGUUCUGUGAAAUGUAACGCAAUCUUUGCCGUUUACGAUGUUUCGGCGCUUGGUUUUAAAACGUUGUUGUUUGGUAUGUUCUCCCGUGUGGAUACUUGACAUUUCCAAUAUAUGGAAACGCCAUGCUAAGGUACGAACAACAGACAUUCACAACAUUGUUUUGUACGCUAAAAUCUGAUUUCAUGGACGUAAAACGUUUUGAAUUUUAAGACUUUUUAAUAUUAGUGCUUUGCCCUCCCUUUGACAACUUGCACUUGGCAGGAGUUGACAGCUUAAAUCUGCCUUUCUUGAUAGCAAACGGCAUUAAUUUAUAUCAGAUCGCUGUAUAAACACGUCUUGGUUUCUGAAAGCUGAUAACAUGAAACCACUGUUGCUCAAACUGAUUUCAUAUUGUAUUUUUCCGAGUUUUUAGCAUCGGCCCGCGGAGUCUGGAAAGCUCAAAUUUCAGAAAAGUACAACUUGUAUUUUUUGGCCUCAGAAAUUUUCAUUUCAGUUCCCC